CUUGUUAAGGUCUCCUCUUUCUCUAUCUAUCUCCCCUCUUACUCUUUCUGCUAUCACCAUGGAAACUCAAGCUCCUGCUGAAGAUUCAUACGAUAAACUUGUGGAAGAGAAAAGAGCAAGAGAGAAAGAAAUCGACGCUUGGCUUCCGAUAACAUCAUCAAGAAAUGCAAAGUGGUGGUACUCUGCGUUUCACAAUGUCACCGCUAUGGUUGGAGCCGGUGUUCUUAGCCUCCCUUAUGCCAUGGCUCAGCUUGGUUGGGGACCGGGUGUGGUGAUUCUAAUUUUAUCAUGGAUCAUAACACUAUACACACUAUGGCAAAUGGUGGAGAUGCACGAGAUGGUUCCAGGAAAACGUUUUGACCGUUACCACGAGCUUGGACAACACGCGUUUGGAGAGAAGCUUGGACUUUACAUAGUCGUUCCGCAACAGCUGAUCGUGGAAGUCGGCGUUUGCAUCGUUUAUAUGGUCACAGGAGGAAAGUCUUUGAAAAAGUUUCAUGAUCUCGUCUGCAAGGAUUGUAAAUCGAUUAAACUCACUUACUUCAUCAUGAUCUUCGCAUCCGUACACUUUGUCCUGUCUCAUCUUCCUAACUUCAACUCUAUCUCUGGAGUCUCUCUUGCUGCCGCCGUGAUGUCUCUCAGCUACUCCACAAUAGCAUGGUCAGCCUCGGCCGCUAAAGGCGUUAAAGAAAACGUUGAAUACGGUUACAAAGCAAAAUCCACAGCAGGAACGGUAUUCAACUUCUUCAGCGCGUUAGGAGAAGUAGCGUUUGCUUACGCAGGACACAACGUUGUCCUAGAGAUCCAAGCCACGAUCCCAUCAACGCCUGAGAAGCCCUCGAAAGGACCGAUGUGGAAAGGAGUCGUGGUUGCUUACAUUGUCGUUGCGCUUUGUUACUUCCCCGUCGCACUUGUUGGUUACUGGAUGUUCGGUAACUCUGUCGAGGACAACAUUCUUGAAACACUCGAGAAACCGGCUUGGUUAAUCGCAACUGCAAACAUGUUCGUUGUGAUACAUGUCAUUGGUAGCUACCAGAUAUAUGCAAUGCCGGUUUUUGAUAUGAUGGAGACUGUAUUGGUUAAGAAGAUGAAUUUCAGACCGAGUUGGUAUCUUCGGUUCGUUGUCCGUAAUUUCUACGUUGCCGCAACAAUGUUUGUUGGUAUGACGUUUCCGUUUUUUGGCGGCCUAUUGGCGUUUUUUGGUGGAUUUGCGUUUGCUCCGACAACAUAUUUCCUUCCUUGCGUAAUAUGGCUUGCCAUAUACAAACCAAGGAGAUACAGCUUGUCUUGGUGGACCAACUGGAUAUGCAUUGUAUUUGGCGUUUGCUUGAUGGUUCUAUCGCCAAUUGGAGGGCUAAGGACGAUCAUUAUCCAAGCUAAGGACUACAAGUUCUACUCGUAAAUCACAAUACAAUUUAAAUUUGGAUCACAUUCUCUGAUACAUAUAAUAUGUAGUAGCCUUUGAAGCUUUAAAGUUUGUUUACAAAGUUUAAAUUACAUGUU